AUGCUGGCUUCUAAUGCAACAAGACUCUCCACAACUUAUUAUCUGACUGCUCUUCCCACCGUGGCACUCAUCAGCCAUAAACAGCUCCGGGACAGAGCCAGCACAUACAGACCAGCGCACCUGCCCCUGAGCAAUGGAGCCUACCCCAGACGCAGAGAAGGUAGCAGAGUGCAGAAGGCUGGAACAAUGCCCGAUUCACCUGCAGAUGUGAAAACCCAGCCAAGGUCCACCCCGCCUACCAUGCCUCCUCCACCUCCGGCUGUCAGCCAAGUAACCAGCCGCAACGCUUCAUUCACCCCCACCACCAGUAAAUCAAUGUUGAACGGGAGCAGUCAUUCUCCCACCUCGCUGAAUGGUGCUCCGUCCACACCAAACGGGUUCAGUAACGGUCCGGCCAUGUCGUCCACGGCGUCGCUGUCGAACCAGCAGCUUCCCCCAGCCUGCGGAGCCCGGCAGCUCUGCAAACUCAAACGCUUCCUCACCACGCUGCAGCAGUUUGGCAACGAUAUAUCGCCCGAGAUAGGAGAGAGGGUCCGCAGUCUGGUGUUGGGGCUCGUGAACUCAACUCUCACAAUUGAGGAGUUUCAUGGCAAACUUCACGAGGCAACAAAUUUCCCGCUGAGGCCUUUUGUCAUUCCCUUCCUGAAGGCAAACCUACCCUUGCUUCAGAGGGAGUUGCUCCACUGUGCGAGAUUGGCCAAGCAGACUCCGGCUCAAUACCUGGCCCAACACGAGCAGCUCCUCCUGGACGCCAAUGCCAGCUCGCCCCUGGACUCCUCUGAGAUCAUGCUGGAGAUGAACGAGCAUGGCAAGAGAAGGACCCCUGAUAGGACCAAAGACAGCUCCGACAGAGACCUUCACCCGGAGCACCUGGCGAAGAGACCGUGCACCAUCAGCCCGAGCCAACGCUUCAGCCCCAGCACAGGACUCCCCGCUCACCCGCCCCCCAACGGCCUCUCCACACACCCACCCAACGGACUACCACACCCACCCAACCCCCAAAUGGGACCCCAGCACUACCGACUAGAGGACAUGGCCAUGGCACACCAGUACAGAGAUGCUUAUAGACACGGCGAACACAGAGACGGUCGCGACAGGCACCGACAGACAGCUGUGCACGGGACUCGCCAGGAGGAAGUGAUUGACCACCGGCUCACCGACAGAGAGUGGGCAGAGGAGUGGAAGCACCUGGAUAAUCUUUUAAACUGCAUCAUGGAUAUGGUGGAGAAGACGCGGCGGUCGCUCACGGUACUGCGGCGCUGCCAGGAAGCCGACCGCGAGGAGAUGAACCACUGGAUCCGCCGUUACAGUGACGUUGAGGAGAUGAAAAAAGGUGGGAGUAACGGACCGCCCUGCCUUCCUCCUCUUCCUCCUCCUCACCACAACUCCUCCAACACAACUAGCAGCAGCGAGCCACUGCCCCUAGGAACCAACCCGGCCGCUGAAAGGCAGACAGGCAGACAGACAGAGAUCCACAGAGACUUCCUGCAUAGACCUCCAUCGGGGUACCUGCCUGAAGAAAUCUGGAGAAAAGCCGGUACAACUACUACAACCACGAGCAUCCCGCUCUCCCCGGCACUAAAGCACCUUCAAAACAAGCAGGAGGAAGCAGUGAACGAGGUGAAGCGACAGGCCAUGUCAGAGCUGCAGAAGGCGGUUACUGAUGCUGAGAGGAAAGCCCACGAGAUGAUUUCUGCUGAGCGCUCUAAAAUGGAGAGGGCCCUGGCCGAGGCGAAGAGACAGGCCUCAGAGGACGCACUAACGGUCAUCAACCAGCAGGAGGACUCCAGUGAGAGCUGCUGGAACUGUGGGAGGAAAGCCAGUGAGACGUGCAGCGGAUGUAACACGGCGCGCUACUGUGGCUCUUUCUGCCAACACAAAGACUGGGAAAAGCACCACCACGUGUGCGGCCAGGGCCUGCAGGGUCUCCCCGGGGGUAGCAGUGUCCCUCUGGGGCCGCCCUCCUCAGCCUCCUCCACCUCCUCUAGCGCGCCACCCACACACUCAGAGAGCACCCCGCCUGGACCCUUGUCCCUGACGGCUCAGAGCAGUAUGGCAGCCGGGGCGGGCAGUGCCAGUGUGUCCGCCAGCCCCAAGGAGAGCAGUUCCAGCAGUGCCUCUCGCUCCACGACCCCCGCCACGCCUGCCCUCCUGGACGCCACCUCCCGCUGA